CGGGGCCACACUGCGACCGCACCGAAGAGGAAGAGGAGAAAGCCGCGGACCGAAAGGGGGCCAGCGUGAGCCAGAGCGGCGGACAUAAAAAUAUAAAUAAUAAUAAAACAAAUAAACGAGGAAGAAGAAAAAAGGCGAGGAGGCACGGAUAAAAAAAAAAAAAAAAAAAAAAAAAACCUGAGGAGAAGAAGAAGCAGCAAAAGGCGGAGACGCGUCACAGCGCGCUGUUCCUCCCUCCAUCUCUCUGUCUCCCGUGAAGAAGAGCUGAGAACCGAAGAGGAGGACGGACAGGAAAAAAUUGUUGGGAAUCUCGGAGCGGAAAAAACGACGAACGACGUGGUGCUGGAAACCUCCCCCCCCUCCCCUCCUGGACCAGGGCCGAUUCUCCGUUUUCUAGCAGCCAGCUCGGCUCGGCGACACCAUGAAGGACCGUACGGCGGAACUGCGAAGUGCUAAGGACAGCGACGACGAUGAGGAGGUGGUGCAGGUCGACAGGGACCACUUCAUGGAUGAGUUCUUCGAACAGGUCGAGGAGAUCAGAGGCUGUAUAGAAAAGCUGUCGGAGGACGUGGAGCAGGUCAAGAAGCAGCACAGCGCCAUCCUGGCCGCACCCAACCCUGACGAAAAGACCAAGCAGGAGUUGGAGGACCUCACAGCUGACAUCAAGAAGACAGCCAAUAAAGUUCGCUCAAAAUUAAAAGCAAUCGAGCAGAGCAUCGAGCAGGAGGAGGGGCUCAACAGAUCAUCAGCGGACCUCAGGAUCCGUAAGACACAGCACUCGACACUGUCACGCAAGUUUGUGGAAGUGAUGACUGAGUACAACACCACGCAGUCCAAGUACCGCGACCGCUGCAAGGACCGCAUCCAGAGACAGCUGGAGAUCACUGGAAGAACCACCACCAACGAGGAGCUUGAGGACAUGUUGGAGAGUGGCAAGCUGGCCAUCUUCACCGAUGAUAUCAAAAUGGACUCUCAGAUGACAAAGCAGGCCCUGAAUGAGAUCGAGACCCGACACACUGAGAUCAUCAAGCUGGAAAACAGCAUUCGCGAGCUGCACGACAUGUUCGUCGACAUGGCCAUGCUGGUCGAGAGCCAGGGAGAGAUGAUUGACAGAAUCGAGUACAAUGUGGAACACUCCGUCGACUACGUGGAGCGAGCCGUCUCUGACACCAAGAAGGCCGUGAAAUACCAGAGCCAGGCUCGCAAGAAGAAGAUCAUGAUCAUCAUCUGCUGUGUCAUCCUCGGCGUGGUCCUGGCAUCGUCCAUCGGUGGCACGCUGGGCAUGUAAGAUGCUCCGCCACCUGCUGCCGUGACGACUAAACACCGACUGAUCGACCGUCCGACCGACAGCCAGCAGAGAAAAGAAAUACCAACGACGACACAAAAAC